AUGAGUAACACACCAACCAAGUCGGCUCGAGCGCCCAUGCCGGCCUUCGGAGCUUUCGGACAUCAAGCGCCGGCAUCUCUGUUGCUCGAAAAAUCUCAUCCUGGUUUGCGAAGAUCGACUCCUGACUCAGAAGCACUUGCCUCAUCUGAUGACGAAAUAGAACAUACAAAAUCAACCGCUUCCAACAACAUCAAACCCGGAAGAACCGUGCGACGAACCUCAUGGCUGAAUGAUACCUCCACGUCUAAUGCCAACCGAAAACCGUCCAUUACUGGCCCUUAUAGCCCUUCCGGAUCACACCCAGGAACUCCAGGGACUGAGGUAUCUGCUUGGGCGAACGUGAACGCAUCGAACCCCACUGGCUGGCCUGGAACAAAUACUUCUUACACAAACGCGGGAUGGGCCAAUAUCUGGAGUCAAGAUGGUCGUAAAGACCCCCCUGCUCGACUACAGGAAGUUCUUCCCACCAAUGGCGAUGCUGGCAUCCCCUUCACUAUUCCUUUGCAACCUACACCCAAAACUUAUCGUUCUCAAUCAUAUUCAGUUGGCCAACUUGACACGACCUCAGCACCAUCUGCUAACCCAGUUUCCACCUCUUCUGAAGCCACCCGUGCAAGAUUAGGUUCCGGAUAUCCCCCACCUACACUUCAACGUAGGACAUCGAGAACCAGUGGACUAGGGACUCUCGAUUCAGGCGGUCUUGGCAGACUGAGGGAAGAUGAUGGGGAAGAAGAAAUUAGAGGCCCGCAAGAAUCUUACAGUACAGAGCAAGCAAGAAUGAUUGAGCUGUUGGAGAAGGAAAAUGCCCAGCUUCGCUAUGCAGCACAAAGCCGCGACCGUACCCUUUCAGCCACAGCAGCCACAACCCAGCUUCCACCAUCUGCAUUUCGAAACACCAGACUUCGCGCACCCGUUCCCGAGGAAAUCGAGACCGCUAUCGACGAUCGCGACGAUCUUGCAGCUAUGGGUGCCUUUGCAGAUCGGGAUAUUAAUGCUCGACGCAUGAGCGAACAGACCGGUAUGUAUGUCGACAAGCAGUCCAUUUCGCCAUCCGAUGGUCGCCCAUUCGACGGUGCAAAGAAAGCACAGUGGUCAACUUCUCUCGGAUUUGGUCCCAUACCAGAAGCACCUCAAAGUCGCCGUCAUUCCUUCGCAGAUGUCCCUACCCGACAUGGAUCUUUCAGCUCUACUGGUGAGCAAUUUGGCAGGCCCUUGAGAUAUCCCCGAAUAACUCGAUACCUAGGUCGCAAGGACGAGAUGACAGCUUAUGAAAGUGGAUCCCAGGCAGUUUCCCAAGGAGAUGACCGUAAGUUGACCAUUCUCAAAAAAUACCCAAGAGCCCUUCGUAUGGCCAUAGAGUGCUUACCUUCCCCUGAACCUCCAGCCCUUUAUUUCAACACCACCGAAUCGACCCGUCAGGCAGCCGAAGCUCGUGUCCGUCAAUCUCGCCAGUCCCGAGCGCCCGCCAUUUACCCGCACGUACCAGUGCCCCAGUACCAGGAUUCCAACACUCAACUUCUCUACAUUGUCAAUUUCAAAUGUUGUCGCUCAGACGUAUUUUACAUUCAACCUGGCACCGGUUGGGGUGUCAGCGUUGGAGAUCUUGUCAUCGUUGAAGCAGAUCGUGGUACUGACCUAGGAACCGUUCAGCACACGGAUGUCACCUGGGAGGAUGCACGACGAUACAAGGACUACUACGCUGAAGAACAUUACAAAUGGUUGAUGAUGUUCUCCAUGCAAAGUCGCAAUGGUGGUCCCAAUGUUGUUAACCCCAACGGAAUGCCCGGACGCCAAGGUAGUGCCGUUGGUGGAAUGGGCCCUCAAGGACAUCACGGUCUUCAUGAUGCGGCUCACCCAGAUCUCAAGCCCAAGAUGAUCAAGAGACAAGCUCAGAACCAUGAAAUCCAAGCCUUGAAAGACAAGGAAGGAAAUGAGGCGAAAGCCAAGCGUGUUUGCCAACAAAAGGUGAUCGACCAUAGACUCAACAUGGAAAUCCUAGACGCUGAAUUUCAGAUGGACAGCAAGAAGCUCACAUUCUACUACUUUGCCGACAACUACAUUAACUUCAACCACCUCGUCACAGAUCUCUUCAAGAUCUACAAGACUCGUAUUUGGAUGUCUGCUAUCAAUCCAGCAUCGUUCCAAACCCCGACUGCUUCGUUAGGUUUGACACCUGCGUACAACGGUGCACCGCCAGGAGAUGAGCGUCACCGUCGCCGACAGCCACCGGCUACCCAUAAUCAUUCCCAACAGGCCGUGACAACUCCGUUUGGAGACACGUUUGACGCCGAUCGAACCUUCAAUGGUCAAAACUCGGCAAUGAGAUCUCCAUACUUUGGUCAAUUCCCAGACGGUGGGGCAGGUCCUCAACCACUUCAACCAGGCAUGGCAUCAUUUGGUGGAAACAUUCCUCCAGGCCAGAUGGAUCCAUUCUCCUAUUAUGGGCAGCCGUACCCGGCACUGAAUCCGAACGCUCCCAAUUUCGCCAGCAAUCGACACGACUUCCGGCCUCGAGGACCAAACCAACCAGGUGAUGGCAACUGGAUGGGCCGCUUUCAAGGACUUUCACUGAAUUCCUAA